UCAGAGUUUUCAUCACUAUUAUUAUUCCCUUCUGUUAGUCCUCCACAUUGACAGCUUUGAGUGUGUGUGUGUGUGUGUGUAUAUGUGUGUAAAUGAUCCAGAGUGUGUGUGUGUGUGUGGGGGGGAAGGAAGGUGCUGGAAGCUCCAGGUGGCGACAGCUGUCUCUUGACGGGCGGCUCCAGCUGAUGGACAGAAAUAUCCCUCGCUCUCUCGCUCUCUCUCGCUCUCUCUCCGGGUGAGCGCAUGCGGGGUAAAAACCUCUGGGUCUCCUGACCCGGACCGCCCCGUGUGACGACACACACACCUUCUGGAAACACCCCCACCGAACCCCAACAUGGUACAGCUGGAGCCCUCGGCUAUUUUAGUGAGUGCUCGAGGAAUCCCAGACAGAAGACUUCAGUGAAGACGACGGACAGGCAUGGAGUUUGUGGAAGUGUUCGACUCUCCGGGGAAGGGCCGGGGCCUUCGGGCCACCAAAGAGGUGUGGGCUGGGGACGUCCUGUUCUCCGAGGCCCCGCUGGCGUCUGUGGUGUUAGACAGUCUGGUGUCCAGUGUGUGUCACUGGUGUUUCCGGCGGCAGGAGAAGCUCCAGCGCUGCGGUCAGUGCCGAUUCGCUCAAUACUGCGACCGGACGUGUCAGCGAGCCGCGUGGGAAGAGCACAAGCUCGAGUGCGCUGCCAUCAAGAGCUACGGGAAAGCACCCAAUGAAAACAUCCGUCUCGCGGCUCGCAUCAUGUGGCGUGUCGAUAAGCAUGGAAUGGUGGUCUCGGACAUGCAGAUGACGACCCUGGAUGAACUGGAAAACCACGUCUCUGACAUGAACGAGGACGACCUGAAGGACUUCAAAGUCGACAUCCACAACUUCCUGGACUUCUGGCCUCGCGGGAGCAAACAGCACACGGUGGACAGCAUCUCACACAUCCUCGGAGUGAUCAACUGUAACGGGUUCAUGGUGAGCGAUCAGAGAGGUUUGCAGGCGGUUGGCGUCGGGUUGUUUCCUAACUUGUGUCUGGUGAACCACGAUUGCUGGCCCAACUGUACCGUCAUACUCAACAACGGCAAUCAGUCGGCUGUCGAUACUAUGUAUCAUUCUCAGAAGAGAAUCGAGCUGCGAGCGCUGGGGAAGAUCAGUCCCGGGGAAGAGGUGACCGUGUCGUAUGUGGACUAUCUCAACCUGUCUGAAGACCGCAGGCGUUUGCUGAAGCAACAGUAUUACUUCGACUGCACCUGCGAACACUGCACCAACCGCACCGGAGACGACCUGAAGAUGGCCGGAGCCGAGCUGGAGGGAGAGAAGGUUCCAGAAGAAACGGUGAAAGAAAUCACGGAAUACAGCCGGAAGAUGCUGGAGAAGAUGGAGAAGGCCCGGCAGGACGCCAACUACAACGAGGUGGUGAAGAUCUGCCGCGAGUGUGUGAAGAAGCAGGAGAACGUGCUGGCCAACACACACAUCUAUCAGCUGCGCAUGUGGAGCACACUCAGCGAAGUGCUUUCAUACCUGCAGUUCUUCGACGAGGCGUCUACGUAUGCGCGCAAGAUGGUGGAGGGAUACCUAAAACUGUACCAUCCCAACCACGCUCAGCUGGGAAUGGCCACGAUGCGGGCCGGCGUGACGCACUGGCAGGCGGGACUGAUCGAGGUCGGCCACGGCAUGAUCUGCAAAGCCUACGCCAUCCUGAUGAUCACACACGGCCCGACACAUCCCAUCACCAAAGACCUGGAGGCCAUGCGCAUGCAGACGGAGAUGGAGCUGCGCAUGUUCAAGCAGAACGAGUACGUGUAUCACUCCAUGCGUGAGGCGGCGCUGCAGAACCAGCCCAUGAAGAUGAUGGCCGAGCCCGUGGCCGCCGAGAGCAUCAAGAACCUGUUCCGCAGGAAGUGACAUCACAACCCACGCUCGCAUUCAGCAGAUUCCUACAAGAAGCAUCAAAGAGCCAAUAAUAUUAGGGAUGCACGAUAUAUAUCGGUCAGUAUUGACAAUAUACGUUCAUUUUUAAUGAUAUCGGUAUCGGCCUGAUAAGAAAAUGUAUUAUUUUGAUAAAUAAUGUAUUAGUUCCUUCAGCUGAGACUCUUCUGAUGCGCACAGUUCAACAUGAUGGGUUUGAAUUGCUUGAAAUAUGAUUAGAAUCACUUCAGAAAUGGAAAAUACAGUUCUGUCAUAUCGGCUACAUAAACUAUAAUGAGAACACGUGUGUUUGAGACGUGGAUGUAAUGGUGAGACUUUUGUUUUUGUAAUCAGGCUCUCAAAAAUGAUGUAUAAAAAAUUGGGAUUUUUUUCUAAUUGCGAUACAUUUUGAUUUAUCGGCUGAUAUAUCGCUUAUCAGCUUUCAAACUUUGAUUUAUCGGCCGAUAUAUCGGUUAUCGGCUUUCAAA